AACGAAGAGAGAGAGAGAGAGAGCCACACAACUCGCAUACAAACCUUGUGCUGUCAGAACAAGCCGAGAACUUCAAGGAAGAAUGGCCGAAACCCAGACACUUAACUUUGGACCAGAAUGGCUCCGUGCCUUGUCUGGAGGUGGUAGUGGCAGCGGCGGUGGUGUCGGUGGUGGUGGUGUCGGAGGUGGCUGCGGGGUCGCCUCUCCACCCCUCUCACCUGUAUUGCCAAAGUAUAAACUUGCAGACUAUCGCUACGGGAGAGAAGAAAUGCUAGCACUUUAUGUAAAGGAUAACAAGAUCCCUAUAGACCUACACGAUAAGGAGUUCCUGCCCAUAUUGCAAGAGGAGCCCUUGCCGCCUCUGGCUCUCGUGUCUUUUACAGAGGAGGAACAGAGAAAUUUUUCCAUGUCUGUAAACAGUGCAGCUGUACUUCGGCUGACCGGACGAGGAGGUGGGCCCAUAGUAGGGGCACCAAGAGGCCGAAGUACCUCAAGGGGUAGAGGCCGGGGAAGAGGAGAUGGAGGUUUUUACCAAAGAAGUUUUGAUGAUGUGGAAGUUUUUGGUCGUGGAGCGAGGGAGAUGCAUCGUUCCCAGAGCUGGGAAGAAAGGGGAGAGAGAAGGUUUGAAAAGCCAGGUCGAAAAGACCCAGAGGUUGCCCCGGGACAUUUUCCGAUGAAUCACAUCCGUGGCAACUAUGAGGAUGGUGUGACGGGCCUACCGAGGAAGAUCGAUUUCACGCGGUCAGAGAGCGAGAACUGGCGCUCUGCUCAGAAUGGUGAGGAUGAUGAGGGGGGCUGGUGCCUGGCAGGGUCUCGGCGGGACAGUGAACGGUGGUGCCCCCUGAGCCCAGAUGGGCCUCGGUCAGCAGGGUGGCGGGAACACCCGGACCAGCGACGUCGCUUCCCAUUCGAUGCGAGAGAAGACGAGCGCGGCUACAGGAGGCCGCGGUCGGGCAGCGGCAGCUUUGAGGACGAGAGGGACAGCCUGCCGGAGUGGUGUCUGGAGGACGCGGACGAGGAGGCGGGCACCUUCGACUCAUCGGGGGCCUUUCUCUCACUCAAGAAAGCCUCCAAGGAGCCAAUCCUGGAGGAGGGAGAGCUGGACUUCAAACCCUUGGAAGAGUGUGAAGAGGGCCUGGAGGAGGACGACGGUCAGCCCAGGGAGACCAAAGAGAGGGUAGCAGAGGCCAAGAGAGAGGCCGAACGAAAAGAGCCCCAGGUUCCUGCCCAGUCUCUGGCCCUGAUCCAGCCCAACAGAACGGAAGAGGCUGAGAGGCCCGCUGAACGGCAGCCAUCCCUGGAGCUCCCACCAGAGCCCUGCAAAGCCCCCCUGCAUGUCCCCAUGUCUAACAGCAUGCUCGAGUCCCUACCCAUGAACCACAUUACAACCCUUGCCCAAGAAGUGUCUGCUCCAUCGCCCAGCGUCCAGCUACAGCAGAAGCCUCUGGAGGUUCCUGUGGCAAUGAACAAUCCGUUGCCCUUCCCUUCAAGUUUAAUGGCGCCUAUUGGAAGGCCCACUGCUGUGCGACACGACAAUGAUGAAGAUGAAAGACUGAAACACUUUGAGCAGGAGGCAGAAAAGAUGGUAGCAUACCUACAGGAUAGUGUGGUGGACGACAACAGACUCAGAGCGAAGACUUCAAAGAAGCCCAAACCUGCAGGCCUGCCGCUCACCCAUGAGGCUGCUCUCAAGUGGUUCUACAAAGACCCCCAAGGGGAGAUCCAGGGUCCAUUCAGUAACCAGGAGAUGGCCGAGUGGUUCCAGGCUGGUUACUUCACAAUGUCUCUCUUAGUCAAAAGAGGAUGUGACGAAGUAUUUCAGGCGCUUGGAGAGAUCAUGAAGAUUUGGGGGAGAGUACCGUUCACCCCCGGCCCUGCACCACCACCUCUACAGGGGGAUGGUGAUAAAGAGAGGUUGAAGAGGCAGCAAGAGCUCACUGCUCUCAAUCUUUACCAGUUACAGCAGCUCCAGUAUCAAUACCUCCUCAGGCAGCAGUAUGCUCAGGCCCUGGCUCAGCAGAAAGCUGCAGCUCUUAGCUCAGCUCCUCUUCAACAGCAGCAACAACACCAACAGCAGAUCAACUUGCUUCUACAGCAAUACCAGGCUCUCAAGCUGAGAGCAUCUGAGAGCCUCCUACCUCCCGUUACCCGGCCCCUGUCUGUACCAGACUCUGGUUCUGUGUGGGAAAUGCAGAACCCGUCCUCUCAGGCUUCCUGCACACCAAACAUACAACAAGCUGCUCCAAACACGUGGGACGGCGGCAGCGUGUGGGAUUUACCUAUAGACUCCAUGGCACAGGCUCCAACCAUCGAGCAGAUGCAACAGUUGGAGAAGUCAAAGUCUACAAAGUUGGAGUUGGAGAGGCGUGAGGCAGAAAUGAGAGCCAAAAGGAAGGAAGAGGAGAGGAAACGCCUGGAGGAGGCCCUGAGGGCUCGACAGGAGGAGGAACGGAAACGCCUGCAAGAAGAGGAGCUGGCCCGGCAAAAACAGGAGGAAGCAUUAAGACGGCAGCAAGAGCAAGAAGAGGCACAGCGCAGACAGAAAGAGGAAGAGGAGAGAAUGGCACAAGAGGAAGCUCUCCGUCGAUUAGAGGAGAGGCGGAGGGAAGAGGAGGAGAGAAAUAAACGGGAAGAGUUCCUCCGCAAACAGGAAGAGGAGCGCAGGAAGCAAGAGGAACUUGAGGCAUUGAGGAGGCGCGAGGAGGAAAAGCAAGCAGAGGAAGAGGCGGCAGUUGCUGCAGCGGCGGCUGCUCUGGCCCAACAACAACUGGAGGAGCAGAAGAGGAGAGAGCAGGAGGUCCAAAGACAGCAGGAGCUGCAGAGACAGAGGCAGCAGCAACAAGAGGCCCUCAGGAGACUUCAACAGCAGCAGCAGCAGCAACAACAGCUUGCACAAAUGAAGCUGCCAUCCUCUUCAAAGUGGGGCCAGCAGUCGGCCAACCCUAUAAACCAGACUCCGAGCGCCCAGUCACUGGCUGAGAUCCAGAAACUGGAAGAGGAGGGAGAACGACAGACGCGGGAGGAGCAGCGACGUCAGCAACAGGAGCUCCUGAAACUACAGCAGCAGCAGGCCUUACAACUGGCUCAGCAGCCCCAGACCAAGCUGUCUGGUUGGGGAAGUGUGGCCAAACAGCCAGUGGCUACCAAAUCUUUGCUGGAGAUUCAAAGGGAAGAAACCCAGCAGAUGAAGCAACGGAAGGAGCAGCAGCAGCAACAGCAGCAGCAGCAGCAGCAGCAGCAACAACAGCAACAACAACAACAGCAGCAGCAGCAGCAGCAACAACAGCCGCCGCAGCAGCAGCCACCACAGCAGCAGCAACAGCAACAACAACCACACUCCAUUGUCACCCAACAGAUCCGCACUCAAAACAGAACUACGUCGUCUCUGAGCAGCUCGGUGUGGGGAUCCGUGAACACCAGCAUCUGCACUAAUUGGGGCUCAGACUCCAGCAGUAUCUGGGGGGACACCCACAACGCUAACAUGGGCUUCUGGGAUGAGGCGGUGAAAGAAGCUGUUCAGCAACCUCCUCCAACAAAGAAAAGCAGCUCGCAGAAGAACAACAAAGGCAACGCCAACCUCAGUAACUCUGUGAGUGGGCGGGUCAAUAAGAAAGCAGAAGAGGAGGAAAAGCUGGUAAAGUUGUUUCAAGGGGUCAAUAAGAACCCGCAGGACACCUUCAUGCUGUGGUGUGAGCAAACUCUGCACACCCUCAACACGGCCAACAAUCUGGAUGUUCCAACGUUUGCAUCCUUCCUGAAAGAAGUGGACUCUCCGUACGAGGUGCACGACUAUGUCAGGGCCUAUCUGGGGGACACUCCCGAGGCCAAGGACUUUGCCAAGCAGUUCCUGGAACGUCGUGCCAAACAGAACGCUAACCAACCGGCACCGCAGAGCCAACAGCAAACCCUCAAGCAGCAGCAGCAGCAGCAGCAGCAGCAGCAGGAUUCUGUAUGGGGUGGAACAGGAUCCUCGUCACUCCAUCAGUCCAACCACACGAGCGGGCAGCAGCAGCAGCAGCGCUUUGAGACGGUCACCUCUGGGAAGAAGAAAAAGAAGCAGAAGAUGGUCCGUGCAGACCCCAGCCUUCUAGGUUUCUCUGUGAAUGCGGCAUCUGAGAGAUUGAAUAUGGGAGAGAUUGAGACUUUGGAGGACUGAUUAGGGACUGCGGCCAAGCAACUCCAACUGACUGUAUCCGAUAUGAACAGCAGCUGUUUUACCCGGAACCCCCUGCUACGCCCCCACCCCCCAACAGCUUCCACAAGUUUCACCUUUAUUUUCAGUUUCACAUUUAUCAGACAUACUCUGGUAAUCUCUCAUAAAUUCCAAAUUGCGAACAAACGAUGAUCUCUGAGGCAGGGUGUGUUUUCCAAUUGCGUACGGACCUAUACUCUGAUAACAACCCUCGGGAGAAAUGGACCGGAGCAAACUGGCCAGUGAAACAUCCGACCAGCCGAGAGAGAGAGCUGUCACCAAAUGAACUCAAGUUUCUGGAGAGGUCUGCGGCGGUGUCUAUGUCGGCAGAGCAUCAGCUGCUUGGACCCGAAUCGUGUCCUGAAAUUCAGUGACAGCAAAUCAUUUAAAUUUGGCCUCUGUUGUAUGGGAUUUUUUAAAGUUUGGAUAUAUGGGUGGGGUGGUUUGGCUAUUAUGGGAAAAAGGUUAGAGAGAGAUUGUCCUCUUUUUUUUU